ACAUUCGAAAGUAAAAUAUCAUUCCUGCAGGCCUAUUAACGAAUCCGUGCGCUUAUAACAAUUUUUUCGCAUACAUUUCGCUUCGAUCGUCGAGAUUGCACCUUACGCACGCGCACGACGGAAAAUAAUUGAUCGCGAACGCGCCCAGUGGAAAGAACCAGAGUUCUAAUGUAAAUCAAGUAGAAUACCAACACACGUGAAGGCACCGGCAAAAAAAAUGCACACACGGACUUGAAGAAGCAAGCACCGUGACCGUGGAUAAAAAUGAUCAGCAGUGCAUUCGAGGGUCCAUUGACGAACUAACCACCGAUGAAGGUGGUGCGGAUCGAGGAGUGGUGACCCACAAAUGGAUUGGUGACUUUAGUGCUGAAGUGUAGUGACAUUGGUUCAAAAUGACUGCCAUAUUGUUGAUCGCAUGUAUGGUGGUGGCGCAGGCGAGGGCGGGUAUAGUUGAGUUGAGCUGCAGUGAUAAUGCGACGUGUAUAGAGAAUAUGGCGAGGGAGUUUGUGCGGAGCAUGCGGCAGCAGAGGGCAGUGAGGGUGUUCGACGUGCUGACGAUCGAGCCGGUGAUGACGUCAGGGAUGCGACAAGCGCGAUCGAGGCAGGGGUUCCUGUCGAAGUUCCUGGAGAGUCACGCGUUCAGCUUCGACUGGAACGACUGGUCGUUUCGGUUGACCAAGCCGGAGGAGAGGAGCGGUGUCGUGGACUUGGAGGUUUACGAGAGCAGAACUGCUAAAGAUGUUUCGGAGCAAGUGCCGAAGAAAUCCAACAGCAAGGUCGAAGAAGAAGAGGAUAAAACACCAAAAAGAACCGGCCUAAGAAGACGACAAAAGAAGAAGGUACUGCAGGCAGUCAUCCCACUCAUGUUCGGCAUGAAGUCAGCCGGCGCGGUCAUUUUCGCGAUGGCGCUGGUCACGGCGCUCACUCUGAAGGCGUACGUGGCUAGCAAACUGGCUCUGAUGGUCACCGUUGGCAUGGCGAUCAAGAAGCUGUAUGAGACUUACGGUCAAGGGCAGCUCGUCUUUGGAAUGAUCUCCCUCUUCCCUUAA